AUGGUGACUUGCUCUGUUUGUAAGAAGAGUUUCUGUAGAAAGGGUGACAUGACCACACACAUGAGAACACACACUGGAGAGAAACCUUUUACUUGCUCUGUUUGUAAGAAGAGUUUCUCUAGAAAGGGUGACAUGACCACACACAUGAGAACACACACUGGAGAGAAACCUUUUACUUGCUCUGUUUGUAAGAAGAGUUUCUCUAGAAAGGGUGACAUGACCACACACAUGAGAACACACACUGGAGAGAAACCUUUUACUUGCUCGGUUUGUAAGAAGAGUUUCUCUAGAAAGGGUGACAUGACCACACACAUGAGAACACACACUGGAGGGAAACCUUUUACUUGCUCUGUUUGUAAGAAGAGUUUCUCCAGAAAGAAACAAGUGACCACACACAUGAGAACACACACUGGAGGGAAACCUUUUGCUUGCUCUGUUUGUAAGAAGAGUUUCUCCAGAAAGGAACAAGUGACCACACACAUGAGAACACACACUGGAGAGAAACCUUUUGCUUGCUCAGUUUGUGUUAAAAGAUUCAGCACUAAAAUUGACAUGACCACACACAUGAGAACACACACAGAUGAGAAACCUUUUACUUGCUCUGUUUGUAAGAAGAGUUUCUCCGGUAAGCGAAAUAUGACCACACACAUGAGA